GAUCUAGUCGCUUGCUAACGCUAAUACAAUGGCAGCGUUUCUACAGUGGAGAAAAUUCGUGUUCUUUGACAAAGACACGGUGAAGGAUCCUGGAGAUAAUGGGAAAAACUUUGCUCUUCCAAACGGAAUAUCUGCAUGUGACUCAGGACGGGGUCACAUUGUUCUGGGAGAUAUGGAAGGCAAAAUCUGGCUUUUGACACGCUCCCUGCAGUUGGCGUCUUUUCAGGCCUAUAAGUUGCGGGUGACACAUCUCUACCAGCUGAAGCAGCACAGCAUCCUGGUAUCAGUGGGGCAGGAUGAACAUGGAAUAAACCCUCUAGUGAAGGUUUGGAACCUGGACAAGAGAGACAGUGGGAAUCCUCUCUGCACUAGGAUUUUUCCUGCAAUUCCUGGCAACAAACCGACUGAAGUGUCUUGCCUCAGCGUGCAUGAGAAUCUCAACUUCAUGGCUAUUGGCUUCACAGACGGCAGUGUGGUUCUGACUAAAGGUGACAUCACCAGAGAUCGUCACAGUAAAACUCUGACUCUGCACGAGGGGACCAUCCCUGUCACAGGCCUCGCCUUCCGCCAGGUGGCAAAGGUCACACAUCUAUUUGUUGCCACUCUGGAGAAAGUCCAUUGCUACACGCUGUCCAUCAAGGAGUAUCCCAAAGUAGAGCUGGAUACACAUGGCUGUGGGCUGCGCUGCUCCUCCCUCGCAGAUCCCUCUCAGGAUUCCCAGUUCAUUGUGGCCGGAGACGAAUGCGUGUACCUGUACCAGCCCGAUGAACGAGGGCCCUGCUUUGCCUUCGACGGAACCAAACUGUUGGCUCACUGGCAUCGAGGAUAUCUGUUCUUACUGAUUAAAGAUGCAAAGUCACCCAACAAGACAGCGUUUGGCAGCAGGGAGAGCUCUCCAUCAGACAAACAGCUUCUGACCAUCUAUGACCUAGACAACAAGUUCAUCGCCUACAGUGCCUCUUUUGAUGAUGUCAUCGAUGUGGUGGCGGAGUGGGGAUCUUUCUACAUCCUCACCAGAGACGGGAAAAUGUUUGUUCUUCAGGAGAAAGACACACAGACCAAACUGGAGAUGUUGUUUAAGAAGAACCUGUUUGUGAUGGCCAUAAACCUUGCUAAGAGCCAGCACCUGGACAGUGAUGGACUGUCAGAGAUCUUCAGACAGUAUGGUGACCACCUCUACCUGAAGGGAGACCAUGACGGUGCCAUCCAGCAGUACAUCCGCACUAUUGGGAAACUGGAGCCAUCUUACGUCAUCAGGAAGUUUCUGGAUGCUCAGAGGAUCCACAACCUGACAGCGUAUCUGCAAGCUCUGCACAGACAGUCUCUGGCCAACGCAGACCACACUACACUGCUGCUCAACUGUUACACCAAGCUGAAGGACAGCUCCAAACUGGAAGAGUUCAUUAAGAGCAGUGAGAGCGAAGUCCACUUUGAUGUUGAAAUUGCCAUCAAGGUUCUCCGGCAGGCGAGCUACCACAGCCACGCCGUCUUCCUGGCUGAGAAGCACAUGCACCAUGAGUGGUACCUGAAGAUCCAGCUGGAAGACCUCAAGAACUACCAUGAAGGCCUGCGUUACAUUGGACGUUUACCUUUUGAACAAGCUGAGAGCAACAUGAAGCGUUACGGUAAGACUCUGAUGCACCACGUUCCUGAAGGCACCACGCUGCUGCUGAAGGGUUUAUGUACCAACUACCAACCAAGUGGAGACACUGCUGAGAGAGAAAGCCUGGACAGACACCGACUCAAUAAGGCCAACUCUGAGGAAUUCAUACCGAUUUUUGCAAACAACCCUCGAGAGCUGAAAGCAUUCUUGGAGCACAUGAUCGAGGUGGACCCCCACUCUCCACAGGGUGUUUAUGACACACUGCUGGAGCUCCGACUGCAAGACUGGGCACACGAACAAGAUCCUGAGAGAAAAAAGGUCCUGCAGGUGGAAGCUGUGUCGCUGCUGAGGAGUGACAACACAGUGUUCGAUAAGGCUCUGGUCCUCUGCCAGAUGCACAACUUCAAAGAAGGUGUCCUUUACCUUUAUGAGAAGGGCAAGCUGUACCAGCAGAUUAUGCACUACCACAUGCAGAAUGAGGAGUAUGGGAAAGUGGUGGAGGCUUGCAAGCGCUACGGAGACCAAGAGGGAUGCCUCUGGGAGCAGGCACUGGGAUACUUUGCUAGAAAAGAAGAAGACUGUAAGGCCUACAUCAGCGAGGUCCUGCAUCACAUCGACCAAAACAACCUGAUGCCUCCGUUACUCGUGGUGCAGACACUGGCACACAACUCGACGGCCACUCUGUCCGUCAUCAAGGACUACCUCAUCAACAAGCUGCAGAGGGAAAGCCAGCAGAUCGAGGACGAUGAACGCAAAAUCCGACAAUACCGUGAGGAGACGGCUCAUCUCCGCUCAGAGAUCCAGGAACUCAAAACCAGUGCCAAGAUAUUCCAGAAGACCAAGUGUAACAUGUGCAACAGCCCUCUGGAGCUGCCCUCCGUUCACUUCCUGUGCAGCCACUCCUUCCACCAACACUGCUUCGAAAGCUACGCAGAGAGUGAGGCGGAGUGCCCAACGUGCACGCCAGAGAACCGCAAAGUCAUGGACAUGCUGCGUGCACAGGACCAGAAAAGAGACCUGCACGAUCACUUCAACAGACAGUUACGGAGCUCUAAUGACGGUUUCUCAGUCGUGGCUGACUAUUUUGGUCGAGGAGUGUUUAACAAACUGACUCUGGUCACUGACCCGCCUGGCAGCAAAACAGUUGGGAGUCUAGAGGUGAACCUGCAGAGAGACCUCCUCAUCCACACCAAGAGAAACUGCUAGAAAUCCAGCUUGUGAUUAUGGUGUGAAUACCUGAGAAGGCAUUUUGUGUCCAGCUACACAUCACUGAUCACAUGCUCUGCUGCAUGAGAUGCCACUUUAUUUAGCAGCAGUUGCUGCUGCCUGCUUUUAGUACCUGUGAUGGACUAACUUGCAUAAACGCUCCUAGUGUGAGUCAUGAUUUAUUGAGGACGUGCAAAAAACCUUCUUUAGGUUCAAAUGUGUAAUUCUGUCUUAAACCCUUUCUGAAACACAUCUUGGAGAGUUUUGCUUUGGUGUGUUUGCUUGUAUGUCAUCUUGCACACAACACUGAAAAAUCAUUCAGUCAUCUGUCACUAAUGAAAUAGUUAAUAUCUGUCAAUCUAAACUGAUGAAUAAAAUUGUGAAUAGUC